GUUCGGGAAAUCUCUUCCUGUGCCCAGAUGAUGCUACAGUUCGGUGAGCCAGUCGCAGGCACUGGGUGGAACUUGGACUAAUUGGACAGCCAUAACCCAUCAAUGGUUUACGUACUCGGUAUCCUGCGAGGCGGCAGUCGUGGAGCGAUGGAAGUUGACCACGAUGAGGUGUGCCAUGGACAAGCCGUAUUUACUCCAGGCCAUCAUCUACGCUGGCUCAUCGUAUAGGUUUUUCCUUGGUCCGAGAGAUUCCUCGAUUAAUCUGGUCCGGAUUCAGUCAUAUCACGAGACAUUGAAACAUGUACGCGAAGCGGUGGAACACUUGAAUGGCCAACCAACCGAUGAUUUGUUGCUCGCUGUUGCUCUUCUCACCAUGCAUGGCCCACCAUCCUACCACCUCGAUCCAGCGAAGACCGACAAGGAACAUUACAGGGACAACGAUUUUUACUUCACCAAGCCUUGGGAACCUUCCCAUUUCAGCGCAUUGAUAUCCCUCACCAAGAUGAAGGGUGGGCCACGAUAUAUCGCGAUACCAAGCGUGGCAGCAAUGGUCUUUAUAAUUGAUACCGUCGAAUGCUUUUCAACCCUGAGAAAACCAAAUUUUCCUAUAUUCGUCUCACCGACUUUCAUAUUCAAAAGUCUCCGCAGAAGCCAGUCGAUCACUCGAAGCCCUCCAGGAUUUCAAUUCUUGCGGAACAAAGCGCAUGGUCGAACACUACUAAAGAUAAUGGAGAAGACCAAUGACGUUAUCGAGAACUAUGAUAUGUUCCUUCAGGAUCCAGGCUGUGGAGUGGACUUGUGGAAUGUGAUUGCCGCCAGACGGGUUGCGCAAUACCAAGCGCUCUCAACGGAAACGAAUAGCGAUCCAUUGUACACCAUAUGUCGCUUGGGAGUGCUAGUUCAUCUGAUUGAGUCUCUAGAGCUGUUGCCUGCAAUCCUUCCUUAUCAUGAAAAUGCAUCCCGGCAGUUGAUGCUGGCCAUUGACGAGUGCGAUAAGCUAGGGUAUUGGCACACGCAGCCUGACCUGAUGCUAUGGGCUACUGUGCUUGGCGGCUUGACUUCUCGUGGAAGAUCUCUUCAAUGGUGGUUUGCUGAACAGCUUGGGGGUAGUGCCGUUCCAGCCACGAAAGCCAGUUGGGAAGGUGUCCAAGAGAUCUCUAAACGGUUCAUCCCGUUCGUACAUGGCCAUGGAGAAGGCUGUCGGCGGUUCUGGAAACAAGCGUGCGACUGGCUGUCCGGGCGUCCAGAUGCGCCGACACGAGCGCACUUGAGUACAGAGCUCGAGGGUACCCGAUCAAUGCCUGAACAUGCAACACACCAAUAAAUGGACGGGGCUCGACCACAAUGCUCCUCUCGACCUUGCCGAUGCCAAUGACUGAUCAACGUCAAUGACAGAUCGAGUAGUCACGCAACGAGCAUGCACCUGAAGCAUUGGUCGACGACUCGCUCCCAGACCAAAAGUACCGACAUCCUUGUUACGAUUUCCUGAUUGGGACGUUUUCCUUCAGAGAAAAGCUCGUAUUCGCUACAACCAAUGCGACGCAACGAUCGAGCGUGUUGCCUCUAUAUGAAUCAAUGCA